AUGGAAGUGCUCAAGACGAAAGUAAUCACCGAAAAAGCGGCGGCGAAGCUGCUUAAGAAGUUUGUAGAGAACAAGGAAAAGGAAAAGAAUACGGACCUGAUGAUGAACGAGGAGAUCAAGUUCCAAUUGGCGCAGGUGCUGGCGUACUUAGACGGCAAGAAGCCACAAAUUCAGCUGCAGCAGGAUGAAGGUCUGUACGGGCAGUAUUAG